GCGGCCUGGAGGCGGUUCCGUUAAUCGGGACGAUUACAGUGCGCGCUUCUGACGGGGUGUGCGUGUGCGCGGAUAAAGUCGGAUAAAGGCCGCGUUGUUGUGCGCAACAUCCGAGACGGAUAAAGUUUGACCGCGCGUCCGCUCUUUUUUUGCGUCGGUGUGGAGAAAAGUUGUGGUCGCGCGCCGCGGGGAUCGGUCCGAACAGCAGAAACUCGACCUGGUCAUCGCGCUCCUCCGGACAUGGCCGAGGGAGACUUCUACGCCAUGGGGAACCGCCAGAGGUUUCCCCGGGAUCCGUUUGGAGAAUCGCCGUUCCGGGAUCAGCUCGGGUCCCGCUUCAUGGAGGACGACUUCGGGAUGCCGGCCUUCCCCGACGAGCUGGCGAUGGACUGGCCUGGCUGGGCCCGCCCCGGUCGGCUCGGCACGCGUCUCGGCACGUCGCCGUUCAGCGGCGGCGGCGGCGGCACCAGCGGCGGCGGCGGCGGCUUGCGCGCGGGUUUCCCCUCGCGGCAGUCCGCGGGAGGCCCCGCGGUGUACACCAGCAGGUACGGCGAGCCCUCCUCCCGGGGCUCCCCGACCAGCACCGUCGGCGCCACCGCCACCGGGGGGGAGCCCUGGAAAGUUUGCGUGAACGUCCACAGCUUCAAGCCGGAGGAGUUAACCAUCAGGACGAGGGACGGAUUUGUAGAUGUGUCAGGGAAACACGAAGAGAAGCAGGAAGAAGGGGGAAUAGUCACAAAGAAUUUCACAAAGAAGAUCCAGAUCCCGAUGGACGUGGACCCCGUGACCGUCUUCGCCUCCUUGUCCCCCGAGGGCGUCCUCAUCAUCGAAGCCCGCCAGACGCCUCCGUAUUACCUCUUCAGCAACGAGGAGUCCCCGCGGGGGGGGGGGGACGCACCGGAGGCGGAGGCCCUCAAGACCCAGGAGGCCCCCGCAGUGUAAAAAAAAAAAAAAAAAACCCCAAAAAAACGAAUGAUCCUGCACUGCUUCAGUUCAUGUUUGAUUGGGAAAUGUCAAUGUGUAGAAUGCGAUGGCCGAGGCGCGUUUGAGGUCUUUAAUGAAGCCGCGCAGGGAAAAAUAUUUUAAGUGUACGAGCAAAUCACAUCCAGGGGGUCACGUCUCCUUCAAGUCAGAUGAGAACGCAAAAAAACAAAUGUCCCAAAGAAGCCAAAACUUAAGAUGUUUUUCUGUUGUUUGUAUUUCCUUUUAUUACAGAUUGAUAAGAGACCAGCUUCUUGGAUAAAACACAUGAACUCAUAUUUCAUCAUAGUUUUAUUGGAUUCCUUGAAAGGUUUGCAAAUGUUACUUCUCUUUGUGCAGCUUUAUAUUACACCUACAGUAGCAGUCGAAAGUUUGGAGACGCCUUCUCAUUCGAUUCAGUGAGAGGUUUUGACCCUACUUUUGACUCGCCAACCAUUAAAUGACACUGUGUGUGAAUCAUAUUUGUAUUCAUGUCAACAUGCAAUCAAGUGGAGUGUUUCUUUUUUUUUUUUUUUUUUCUCGCAGCUUUGGUUUUAAAAUAUCAACACAAAUGUGCCUUUUAUUUACUUGAGUGCCUUGACUCCCCGCAGCUCUGCGGUUGUUUGGGUUGACGAACGUCACUCGAAACCGACGAGAAGGAAAAAGCAAAAAGUGUUUCUACUGCUGCAUUCUGGGGUGAAUCUAGUUCUAAGCGUAUUGUAAAUAUUCUUCAAUUACGUGCCAAUUCAUUCGAAACAUCCAUCUGGAGUGUUUGCGUUGUUAUUCUUCUUUUGUAUUCGAGCAUUCGGGAUGAAGGCUGCACCGUUGCUGGAACUGACGUUUGUCACCUGCAUCCUUUUGUUUUCUUUUUUUCUCUUGUGACGUCCUUGUGUUGACUGAUGCAAUAAAAAGAAAAGAAAAGAAAAUAAGAGAAAUGUC